AGAUUAACAAUGAAAAUACCUACAGAUUUGGCACCAUUGACUAUAUAGUAUUUCUGGGCAUGAUUGUGCUCUCGACAACCACUGGCAUAUAUUUUGGAUGCAUGAAAAAGAGUAAGCCAAAGCUGGCGGAGACGGAACCCACAUUGCCUACAACAACGCCAGUGGAGCGAAGGAAACAUGAUUUUGGUUCGGAAAAGAUGAGUGAAUAUCUGCUGGGAUCCAGAAAUCUCAAAGUAUUCCCCGUUGCCAUGAGUCUAAUAGCCAGCUAUAUAUCUGGGGUUACGAUACUUGGCACCACGUCGGAAAUCUACAAUUAUGGCACACAAUACUGGUUUAUUGCCAUCGCAAUUGUUCUGCAGGGUAUUGCUGUGUCCUAUAUCUAUAUACCGGUAUUUUGUGCUCUACAAGUUGGCUCUUCCUAUGAGUACCUGGAGAUGCGUUUCCAUUCGGUUAUACGAAGCAUAGCAUCUUUUAUGUUCAUUCUGGAUGAGAUACUAUUUUUGCCUUUUAUUGUCUAUGUGCCAGCGUUGGCUCUAAAUCAGGUCUCUGGCAUCAAUCUGCAUGUUAUAGCAGUGGUCAUCGUAGUUGUUUGCGUUUUCUAUACGUUUGUGGGCGGCAUCAAGGCUGUCGUCCAUACAGAUGCCUGGCAGGUGCUGGUCAUGUUCCUCUCCGUUCUGGCUGUGGCUGUUUUGGCCACCUAUUAUGCCAAUGGUUGGGAUGCCCUGUUCGAUGAUGCCUCAAAGGGCGGACGUCUGAUCUUUACCAACACGGAUCCCUCGCCCUAUGUGCGUCACACUGUCUGGAGCGUGCUCAUCGGGGGCUUCUCCUAUUGGACCUCCUUCAAUGCGGUGAAUCAGACAAUGGUGCAGCGCUACAUGUCAUUGCCAUCGCUGAAAAAGGCUCGUGCUUCAAUGGCCAUUUUUACCAUUGGAGUGGCUGCCUUUGUCUCUGUAUGCUGCUAUGUGGGUCUGCUGAUCUUUGAGCGGUACAAGGAUUGCGAUCCAUUGAGUUCUGGUUUGAUAACGCACGACGAUCAACUGUUGCCCCUCUUUGUCGUCCAAAGUGUGGGUCAUAUCUAUGGUAUGCCAGGACUCUUUAUUGCUGGCAUUUUUGGCGCUGCUUUGAGCUCGCUUUCGGUGGUGCUUAACUCCACUUCGCUGGUCAUCCUGGAGGACAUUGUGCGAGGCUGCUUCAAGAUGAAGCCCAGCGAAAGAGCCUCCACCAUACUGGUCAAAUCCACCAUCAUAGUCCUGGGAUUUGUGGCACUUUCCCUGGUGUUUGUCCUCGAACAACUGAGUGGAAUUCUCAGCAUUUGCACCUCGAUGACGGCCAUUGCAGCGGGCACAACCUUUGGUCUGUUUACACUGGGAAUGCUCGUGCCCUGGGCCAACACAGUGGGCACUGCUGUUGGUGGUGUCGCCAGUGCGCUGCUCGCUGGCUGGAUAUCCUUUGGCACACAGUUUACCAUUGCAGCGGGUGGACUCAAUUCUCAGAAGCUGCCCAUUUCCGUGGAUGGGUGUGUGGGCAAUGUCACCCAGCCAGAGAACAUUUGGGUGGAUGAGGAGCAAGUGUUUCCCCUGUAUCGAUUGUCCUACCACUGGAUAAAUCCCAUUGGUGUGGCCACAGCGAUACUGGUGGGUGCACUCGUCUCGCUGGUGACCAAACCAACGGACAUAAAGAGUCUAGAUCCAGAUGUCAUAUCGCCAGUGAUUCAUAGAUUCCUGCCAAAAGAAUGCUUUGAGGGACGCAAUCUCCAUGCGCAGGCGCACAAGAACCUCCUGAAUAGCAGCACAUGAGUGCCAAAAACCACUAGUUGGAAAUCCUGAAACCCUUUUUGGCAGCAUUGUAUUCCAAAACAAUCUAGUUUGUAGCUUAUACCUUUAGUAAAUAGUCUAGUACAAACCGAAGUACAGGAACCAAUGAAUCUGCAUGGAAUCGGAGGGCGUAUCGCCCACUAGAUAACAACAUUCUAAAUGCAUAAUCGUUUAGUGUAAUUAUUAUUUGUAUUAUUAAUUUAGCUUUAUUGAA